AACCCACUUGACAGCGCAUUGGUGCCACAAGCUGUUCACGUGAUAGGACUUUUUUAUGGACUUUUCGAAGCGCACGACACCGGUUACGUCAUCUUAGGGCUAUAAAAAUCAAAAGUCUAUCUGUAUAACUCGUAGGAGACACUUUUUGCGUCGCAAAAGUGCUGAUUGACUUGAAAAUUACUGAUGAAUUGACGGCCUUAGGUAGAACAGAUGGCAUUCCAUGCCGCAAUGGAUAAAACCACUACAUGUUUGUCCACGCAUUACACGCCUACAGAUAAAGAUGUUUCAGGUGAACAACCUGAGGAGACAAAAUGUGGAGCGACAUUAGGUUAUUUUGAGGAUGAACAUGGAGUUCAGGUUCAAGCCGAAAUAGUUUUCGUCUUGGCUGUUCAUUACCGCUUUGAGGAAAUCCCAAGCAUGUGUCGUACCGAAGCCGAUGCAGCAGACAUUAAAAACCUCCGAAAGACUUUUGCCGAGAACAGAAAAUGCAAAUUUCAGGAAAUUUCAGACAACAAGGAAAGACUUUUGGCUUUACUUAAAAACGAAGAAGAGUUGCUCAAGAUUUUCGAUUCAGACGCACCACCGUCAGUAUUCAUCUUAUUUGUUUUGUCCCACGGAAAAUGCGACGGUGUCAUUUUCAUCAAUGAAAAUAAUUCAAAGAAAUUGGAAGAAUGUAAAACUUCUGAAAUUUUUGACUGUUUGAAAGAAGUGAAGGGUUUCUCUGCUUGCCAAAAAUUCGUGUUUUUUGGACCAUGUAGAGGAGAAUUGGAAGAUUUGCCCUACGAUAAGAGUCAAAAUUUUGAAAAUCGGGUGUCCUGCACCGUUACAUCCGUUCCCAACAUGCACAACACGGUGGUUUUUUACUCGACUCUUGAAAAUUUUCAGGCUCAGAAAAAUCAGACUGGAACUUCCCUAGUGCGAAAUGUUUGCAGAGAACUGAACGAAAUGCAAGAAAUUCAAACAAUUGCGCAUUUCCUGACUGCAAUUAAGAACAACGUUCAAGACGACCCUCAAAAUCGAGGCAAAUGCAAACAAACGCCGGAAUCGAAGAUAUUUCCGCAAACCAGAAAAUUUAUUUUCAGUCCUCUUUCAGAGACAAUAGAAAAUAAAACAGGCAGAAAGGAAAAUAUUGAAAUCUGCAAAACUAGAUUGGAUAGGUUUUAUUUUCCGUGGGAAACUGCCGACGGGUUUCUUUUUAAACCUAGACAUGCCGCCAUUCUUUACAGCGACCCAAAAAUUGAAGAUGUUGCGCGACUUGAGUUGGCCCUCAAGGACAAUUUGGGUUUCAACACCAACGUUCAAGAGUUGAACUCAAGCAGCUUUAACCGUUGUUGUGAUAGCGACCUGUGGCUUCAUUACGAUUGCACGGCAACAUUUUUCUUCACCACAAUUACUGAGAGCAACGGUGAAAUCUGCAUCGUUGUUGGUAACGAGAAAAAGCCAAUCGGAGAUGUAAUUCAUUCUUUUGUUGGACCAAAAAAUGACAUGUGGAUCGGAAAGCCAAAGCUUUUUUACAUAGUGGACACAACAAACAGCACUGACCGUCUGGUGUCGCACACAAAAAUGGAUGAGAAACUGGUCGAAGUUACCAGCCACAGCGGAUGGCUGCUUUUCUAUUUACGGUCAAGUGAUAUACAAUGUUUCAUUGAUGUUUUCGAGAGCAAGAAACUGCAGAGGAAGGAGCGAAUGCCAGGACCGAGUUUGCAGGACCUGCUUGGCGAUGUGCUUGUGGGCCUGGGCAAGGGAGCAGAUUCAAAAAAGUUACCGAGAGGAAUGCUUGUUUCCACUUUGCCAUAUUUGAUUGCGUUCCCGCGGAGGAACUUUUUGCCUCGCCUUUUUCGUGUGAAGUCAAAAGCGUUGGAAAAUACCUUAUUCCCCUAUAUGGAAUUCCAAAAACUUAUUGAUCUGGCGGUUGAGAUUGAUAAGCAUCCCCUCUGGCUUAUUUCUUCACCACCAAAAUCUGGAAAAUCAACAAUGUUGGACAAAAUUAGUUACGAGCUGCAAGCCAAGCGGAGCGAUUACCAAGUUUUCAAGAUCAAUCAUGAAAAUAUGUUUGAUUAUCUAUUUGAUGAGGAUAUUGAUGACCUACAGCUUGUCAAAGUUCUCACUCAAGCAACAGCAACGAACCGCAAUGAUUGCAAUGAACACAAAAUCAGGAGUCUUGUUGAAGACAAAAAAGCUAUUUUGGUCUUUGACGGGUUCAAUCAAUUUUGCACGGACUUGGAGCCGGGUGUAAAAGAAAAAGGACUAAAAGUUCUGAAAAUGGCGUUUGAAAAAAAUAUCCCAGUAUGGAUUUCCACGCGACCGGAGCAAGAACAAACGCUCAUUGACAUUUGCAACCUUGAACGUCUGAUUCAAGUUAGCAUCUUUCCGCUCAUGCGCAUUUCGAAAGCAGCAAUGCUUAAAUUACGCGACCCUGAAGCAAGUGAACAAUGCAUCAAUGAUUUCCUUCAAAACUUUGAAAACAGUGCGUCACAAGACGUCUUAUCAAAUAUCUUGAAUUUGAAGUUAAUUGCCGAUCAAGGGAUACGAGACGAUAAUUUUGGAACCGCCUAUGACGAAGCUGUGCGAAAAAAGAUACGAGAAGCCAUUUGUAAGUCGGAAAUUCUUAGUGAUAGCGCUGUUGCCGAUACAGUGGAAGAGCGAAUUCACCUCCUGGAAAAAUUUGCAUAUGAUUAUAUCACAAACAACCUUAACCUUGAUGACUACAAAAAUGAAAUUGAAAUUACUGAUCUUACAAACACCGGAAUUGUGGCUAUCGUAGACGGACAACCAGUAUUCACCGACCAAACUAUCGCAGAGUUCCUCACCGCAAAUCAUUUGAAGAAGAAGAAAGAUGACCAAGAUAAGCUGAAGGAACAUAUCUUUAAGCAGAAUUUGUUCAAAUUGCGCAAACUUAUGGAUAAAGAUUUGCCGCAGAACAGAUGUUUUGAAAAAUAUUUUCAGAAUAUAUUCUUGGAUAACAAGGAAAAGAAUGUUGCUCAGAUUGUCACGGAAAAUCUCUCAAAUGUAUUUUCUCUCCUUGUUAAGAGAGAAAUAACCUUUAAAAGAGAGGAAGCUGACAGCAAACGUUUGUAUUUGGAAUCUAGCUACGAAAUAUUGAUGAAUGCGUUGAAAAACAGUAAAAGCAUCACACUGGAACUGCUGGAAAUGGGAGCGUUUGAAAAUAUAAUAAACCACGACGAGCUAAGUGAAAUAGUGGAAGUUCUUGUAGACAAGAAUCAUCUGGAAGCUUUUGAAACCAUAUUCGAAACAAGAUCCACCGACAUAAAAAAAAUCAUUUCGGAAAAGAGUGCAGAUUACGCGCUUAUAGCAAUUGAGGAGAAAAAUUACAAAAUGCUGGACUUGUUAUUGGAAAAAGAAAUUCUAGAAAUGUCAGAUAUUGAAAUAGACAACGAGUCGAUGCUCCACUUUGCAGUGGAAUGGAGCGAUGUAAAUACAUGCAAGGUUUUGCUGAAACACGGCGCUGACGCAAAUUAUACAUGCGGAGAAUAUGGAAGAAAUUGUCUUCAUAAAGCUGCAGCUAAAUACGGUCAAAUCGAAAUCGUAAAACUUCUGUUGGAAACUGACAAGCGAAUUCCUCAGGAUGGAAGUGCCUCAGCACCUCGGAAACCAUACGCGGACAUAAACAUUGAGGACAAUAGAGGCUGGAAUGCUUUCCACUACGCGGCACACGCAAAAAAUGGAGACACUUUGCAAUACCUUCAUCAAAAAUGCGACGCAGCUUUGAUGAGAAAAGUUACAAAAAAGGGAGAAACUGCUCUUAUCCUUGCUGCACAGAAUCCCAGCGAUGAAGAUCUCUUUAAAAGACGUCCUCGCUACUUUCCUAUAGAAUCUUGCACUUGCUUAGAGGUGUGCAAAUUCUUGGUGGAAAAUGGAGUGAUGGUUCAUUCUGUAAAUGACGAGGGAUGCAACGCGUUGCAUCAAGCUGCCGCUACAAAUAACGCCGAGUUAUUCGAAUAUCUGCUCGAAAUAAAGGGAGAUUUGGCCGAGAAAGUGAACAUAAAAGGAGAAACACCUUACGAUUUAGCUGGAUGGAAAAUUUAUCACAGUAGUAUUAUGAACAACAAAGCUGGACCAAAAUAUUAUGAACAUAUCGGCAAGAUUAUAGUAGGGAUCGUGGAUUUUAUUUCUCCAAAACUUCUGCUGGCUUUUGUUCAGAAAAUGAAGGCUGAAAAUAUACAAAUCACUCUUGCAGAGAGCGAGAAAUAUGAUCUAAUUACGUCAUGUUUCAGGAAUCGUCUGAAUAUGAACGAUGAACCCCACGAGAGGUUAGAUAUUCUGCUGCAAUACGGAAUUCUUAAAACGACAGACACGACAGAGUCUGGUGAAACAAUGCUCUGCGCCGCAUCAAAACUUUCAGGAAGUUAUAAUUUAGCAAAAGUUUUGCGGAAACACGGCGCUGAUGCAAAUCAAGCCCACGAAAAAUCAGAAUAAACUUUCCACCAUGUUUCUUCCUCUAAAGGCAGGCUUGAAGUUGUCAAACUUUGGAAAGCAAGGAUCGAACUUCAUGUGAUGAUGGAGUAAUGCUAUCACCAUACACAGACAUAAAUAACAAAUGUAUAACAAAUUAUUACUUCUAAUAGCUAUUUUCUUGUGCAACUUUUUGUAUUUACGGUUUAUAUCCAAUUAUGAACUAUAAAUUAAAUUAAGAUAGAGUAUUGAUUUAAAGAUUAAAAUGGUCAUAUCAUCGUAUUUUCUGUUAAAGUGAAAGAAUAAAAAUGAAAUUUAAAAUAUGCUAAAUU